CCCUCUCAUCCAGCACGCGAUCUCGUCACCGAGCGCUUGGACUUCAUGACUCCACAGCGUCUAUCAACCGUCGGUUUACCCCAGCUUGGGGUAAACUAAAAUGGAUCCACAGAUAAGUAGCAUGAUGAUGUACCGGCAAGCGAGGAUGGGUGUUAUGAGCCGUGGGAGUGCUGAUAGGCAGCGGUAUAAAGACCCAGGUGCUCUUCUCCUUGAUGUGUCCAGCCUCGAGCUCAGAACAUCUUCACCAUCUUUGCUGAGCUACCAAAGUCUUCCAUCAAGAUGUCUGAAUUCGACGCUGCUCCACCCAACACACAUGCUGGUGGUAAAGACAAUGCACUCCGCACGAAAGGCAACGACCCCAUGACUGUCCCCGUCGACGUCGACAUCGGAUACGCAGAGGAAAGGAUCAACAUGGAGGAGUAUGAGCGAACAGUCCCGCUGUGGAAACGCGUGUGGCAGCAUAGCUUGACACAAAUGGUGCUGCUCAGCGUGCAAGCCUUCUGUGGUCCUGCCAUGGCGGACGCUAUUGCUGGCCUUGGUGGAGGAGGUCUUGCAACACCCCAAACAUCGAAUAUCGCGACCGCAAUCAACUACACCAUGUUGGCCAUCUGUUGUGCUCUAGGCGGACCGAUUGUCAACAAGCUCGGUACAAAGUGGUCCUUGGUCAUCGGCGCUUGCUCGUUUCCCAUCAGAGGUUCAUCAUACUACUGCAACAGUAAGUUCGGCAACCAAUGGUAUCUGAUUCUAGGUGGCUUCUUCACUGGCAUUGGUACGGGCACCUGGUACGUUGCCGAGAGUGGUACGAUCAUGUCGCUUGCGCCUUCCAACUCUCGUGGAAAGUACCUUGCUUUGUGGAUCGUCGCUCGCAACCUUGGACAGCUGGUAGGAGGUGCCAUCAAUCUCUCCAAGAACCACGUCAAGGGUGUGACUGGUGGCGUCACUCCUGACACAUACAUCGCAUUCUUGAUCAUCGAAUGCAUGGCUCUGCCAUUCGCCUUCCUCAUCUCGCCUCUAGAGCGCGUGGUCAGGUCCGACGGCACCAAGAUCCUUGUAUCCGAGAAGUUGUCAACGAAGACAGAAUUUAAGAUGAUCAAGGUCACUAUGACCUCAAAACUCAUCAUGCUUUCAGCUCUUUGGGCUGUCUGGUCCUUCUUCUACAGUGGCACAUGGUCGACCUACCUGGGAACCUACUUUAGCGUUCGAGCUCGUGCGCUGUCGUCACUUGUCUCUCCUUUCUUCUGCAUCGUUGGAUGCUUCGCUCUGGGCUUCGUCCUUGACAUGAAGAAGCUAAGCCAGCGACGAAGAGCUCAGAUCGGUCUCUUCAUGGUCGUCAUCCUCAACCUCGGCGUUUACAUCUGGUCAAUCGUCAUGCAGGCCAGAUUCAACAGCAAUAACCCUGGCAAAAUCGACUGGGAGGAUGCGCUGUACGCACGCUCCUUCUUACCCUACUUCUUCGUGCAGACAACUGGUCCACUGUCACAGUCGUACAUGUACUGGCUGCUAUCUUCGUUUGCGACUGACGCACAAGCGAACGUUCGCAACGGUGCCGCAUUCCGUUGUCUCGAAGCUAUCGGUCAGGCCAUCUCAUACGGCAUGAACACCCAGAUCAAAACCAGCCCUCUCAUUGGAUUUUGUGUUACCUUUGGCCUCAUGGCUCUUGCCUUCGGUCCCAUGUUGGUCUUGGUCAACUCGACCCCAGACCGCAUUCCCGCCGAUGUAACUGCGGAGGAAAUUGAAUGUGCGGAAAGCAAGGUUGGCGCCGUGAGCAUCGACGUAAAGGCUUGAAGUACGAGAAAGUUGGUCUUGAAUGUUUCAGAGCCUUCCAUGAGCACGAGGUAGUUCAAGAAUUAAUCAAGUGUCCAUCCACUCA